AUGUAUCAUGACUUCAAGCCACAAAAUGCAGGGGUGUACGAGCUACUUACAAGGCUCUGUGAAAAAACGGCUGAAAAAUACUGUGUUCAAAGUAGAAUAUCUCAAAAGCUUCUUACGGCUAAGCUACGGUCUCACGCUUACGAAAUAAUUUUGAAGAAAUCAUCUACAGAAUUAUGUAUCUCUGGAUCGGAUCCCUUUAAUGACUUAUUAAGUCACUAUUUUAUAUCUCAAAAGUCUGCUAGAAAUAUUUGUGAAUACAAGAAAUCUGUUCAAUUGAAAAAAAUAAUUGGCACCUUAAAAUCUGCUAAUUUUGGAGAACAAGUAGAUGAUAUAAAAAAUAUUUUAAAACUCCUAAAUGCACUUCAGAAUUCUGUUACUCAAGAUGUCUCUGCUGAGAUGUUCCAGAAUCCUUUUUCUUUUGGCAUGCUCGAUGAAAUGCUGCCAAAACCGAAGAGAGAAACAUUUGGUUCACCUCAACCAUACUCAUACUAUCCAUCUUACAUUUUUGAGUUACCUUAUUCAAUAAAGAGACAAGAAAACAUUUUAGAUAAAAGCAAUUCUCAAUGUUAUUCUGAGUAUACCGUGGAAAGUUUUGAUUCACGUUUGUUUCUUGGUGAUAAUAGAUCUCAGCAGGGUAAAGUCGAACUGAAGACUUUUCUUAGUCCGAUGUCACUAGCUUCUAUGACAUCAACUGCUUUAUAUCCAUAUUCAGAACCAACAAUAUUUAACUACCCUCGUUUAACAGCACCUAGGGAUAUUCAAAUACCAAAUGAAGAUUCUGUCAAUAUUAAGGUAUCAUUUAUGAGUAGUAACACAAAGGUAGAUGUUAAUGUACAUUUUUUGGCUGAGAAUGAGGGGUCAAUUAAUAUUUGGGAGAUUGCCUCACAAGUGGAUAAAGAUAUUCCUAAUGAUAUCUGGGAGAUUGUUUCUAAACUUCCUCCGGUGAAUGAAAGACAGAUAAUUUCAGCCUCAUUUAGGGAAAUGAGAAUGUGGAGAGAAAUUUAUGCCAAUGAAUUGUAUGAUUACAGUGUGGUUACAGAAAAACAAUUCAUAAGACAUAUUAUGUAUUUGAUAAUUGGUGUUGAAACCAGUACAUUUCCCUUAAGUCAAGCUGCGAAUUGUUUCUAUAUGAAGGAGAAAUUAAUUAUCGAAGGCAUUUCUGAAGAAUAUCUUCUUGGUUAUGUAACCACUCUGCUACAGAUUGGCACUUAUUAUAGACGGUUAUAUAAUUUUGCAUUCAAUCUUUCUGUUGAAGAUCACUUUCAUAGUAAGGGAUUGGUUUAUGAAGCUGCAAGGGAAGUUAUAAGAAGAUAUCUCCUAGAUUUUAGACAAAAAGCUACUGAGAUAUAUGAAAAUACUGUCAACAUAAACUGUCAAGAGGCAAAUUGUAUGCCGACGUUGUUGCAAAUAUUACAUCACAUGGAACCACUGAAAUAUGAAAUUGAAACUAUAGCUUCUAUAUACAAAAUGGUUGAUGCUGACUCCAUAUCUCUCGGUCACGGCGCUGAGCUAAUGUCUUACUUGUUCAAUGAGAUAUCUUUGGUGACACACAGACCGACGGCGCUAACCUUAUACAACUCUCUAUAUACAAUAUGCAGGGUUUACUUCAAAUUCAUCGAACGUUUUAUAUUCGAAGGCGAGCUAAACGAUGUUUACAACGAGUUCUUCAUACGUAAAGACAAUCAGUAUGUGAAUUCACGUUCGAAGAGAUAUUGGGACAAAGGUUUCCAUAUAACUAUCAGUGUGGCUGUACCAGACUUUCUAAGACCGCUGGCUUCGUUUAUACUUCUAUGCGGGAAAUCUCUUAGACUCUUGAAGUUAUGCAAUCCAAGCGAUCCGCUCGUCCUUCUAAUAGCUGAUCAUCCAUCAAUCAAGUGCUGCACGACCUUCGAACAAUUAGAACAGCAGCAGCAACUGCUGAAUGUAUAUAGAACGAGAUGUCUGUUUGUCAGCAGUCCGGUCACAUUCGAACAGAUACUAUUAAAAAGGGAGGCUGAGAGGAAGGCUUUCACGGAAAUGGCUUCCUUGAAACAAGCUGAGACUAUGGAGAAAAUUGUCGCUGAAAGAAAACGACUCGCCCAGUUAAUAAUAGCUGAAAAGCAGCAUUCUUUAAGAGUGUUAGAAGCGGCCAUGGCUGAGGCGAGGGAAAAUAAGAAUAAGAGAAAGAGACGGACUGAUGUUGAGAGUGAGACGGAUAGAGCGAGAGAUGAAGUCGAUACUAAGAUUAGGGAUGAUGAGAAGAAUAAAAUAAUGGAAUAUUACUCAAAGUUGAAUAUCGAAGUGGAGAAGAGCAAAAUACAUACUGAAUGGAAGAUAAAACGUUUGCAGCUUGACCAAAGUCGGGUGCAAUUAUUGUCUACAGAAGAAAGGAAUUUGAAACGAGAGAAAUUAGAAUUGGAGCAUCAAAAGAAUGAAUCUGUUAUGGCUAUGUCCAUACAGAGCGAUUUUUAUUCAGAGGAUGAAUCUAAUAUAGAAGUAUCUAAGCCCGAUUCAAGCCCUGAUAUCAUAGAAGAUAAAAAUGACAUAGACAAAAACAGAGAUAAGGCUCAAUCAUCAUCGGACGUUUUUAACGCGAUAUGUAACGUAGCAAAGAGCAUAUUUGGCGUCAAACCCAAAGACGAAACGCCUUGUGACAAUGAAGUUAAAGUAGACAUACAAGGAAAUAUCGUUACUAUGGAUACUGACAACAAUAUAAAUACAAACCAAAACCUAAACCAAAAUCCUUCAAUCACAUCUAGUGAUGUUAUCGGCGGUUAUUUGAACGAAGCGUGUGAUAAUAUACGGUUCAUAGAAAACCGUAAAGAAGCUAUGCGAAAUAAACUCAAAGUGAUGGCACAUGAAUUCGGACAAACAGACGAUGAGAAUAAUCCAUUGAAAGAUUUAACACCACUAGUCAGAACUGCGUCCAUAGACAAAGAAAAUAACAUAGAAUGGACUGCAUCCGAAGAAGCAAAACGAAACAAACAAAAAGUUUUGGGAGCUGAAUUCGAUAUUAUCAAACCGGAAAUUAAGGACAUCCCUACACCGAUAACGGAUGCGCAGAAAGAAGCUGUGAUAAACAAACAAAAGGUUCUAGGUGUUGAAUAUAAUCUGCCUUUAGAGAAGAUUGUUAAAAACGACCCAGCGAAUAUAGCGCAAGAAGAGGCGUUAAGGAACAGAAAUAAAGGACAAGCUUCUGACUACGAAGAUAGUCUUAAAGUAAACAGGUUUGACGCAGCUAAGAAAUCUGGUUUACGUUUGAACCUAAAACCGUAUAGUGAAAUGGGUGAGAAAAAUAUAACGACGAAUACAGUGGCGAUUACACCGGGCGAAAUGUUUACUGAGCUUGAUUUAGAAACUCCAACAACCGCUGAUGUUCCAAUAGACGCGUUGACAAGCGAUAUAUUCACACCGAGAAGUGAUGGGAAUACAGAAGCUAAUACGAAACCCGAUAAGGAAUUCCUGAACUCCGAUGGAUUCAACUUUUCAAUAAUCGUAGACGAGGACGCGGAAAAUACUCAAUUAAUCGAAGAAAACACUCCAGAAAAUUCUUCAACAGAAACUAAUGUAAUUUCAACGCCGAUUAAAACAUCGAUAUUUAAUAUUAUAGAUGGUUCAUACAGUUUGGAAUCUUUCGAUCCUUUCGGUGUUAAGGAGCUAUCAGGAUUUUCAAGGGAUUUUUUCAAUAGCAAAAUCAAUUUAGACACGGACACAUUUUAUACCCAUCCAGCUAUAAUUAUGGACGAAGUAAAGAAAAAGCCCUACAAUAAUAUAUUCGCGUCUCAUUGCAACCCCGAAAACGAGGAAAAAAUCUCAUGCGACAAUAUAGCAACACUGACGGCUUGUUUGCAGAGAUCUGUGAUGUUGCCAUUAACAUAUCAAUUGGAGGUCGUCAAUAAUUCAAUAUUAACACAUUUCCUUGUUAAUCUUGAUAUGUAUGAACAUUUGAGGAGUUUGAAAGACUAUUUCUUCCUAAUGGACGGUGAAUUUUCUAGAAGCAUAUGUCACAAUUUAUUUUCUAAAUUGACUAAAACCUUGAAUCCACAGGAGUUAUUGAAUUUUGCUACAUUGCACAAUAUAUUGGAUAAAGCGCUGGGAUCGUCUAUAUCACAUAUCCACAAGUUUUCUGAAAACCUUUCAUUCACUAUAACAGACUCGCCGCUGAGUUUUCAUCAUAGUUCACCAGAUGUAUUGCAAUGUCUAUCUCUCACAUACUCCGUGAAAUGGCCUUUGAAUAUAAUACUGUCACACGAAGCUUUGCUUCGAUAUGCUAAAGUAUUCCAAUUUCUUAUCAAGAUGAGACGAAUUUUUUGGGUUCUUAGUGAAGAUUUUGAGUCCCUAAAACUAACAGUGAAGCUAUCGCGUCAACAUUCCCGGAAACUAUUGAAGUCCCCACAAUACAUUUCAAUACAGAUAUACAGACAUAUAAUGGCAUCAUUAAUACGGGCCUUUGAUAAUUACAUAGUGACCACAUGCAUACUGACUUCGUGGACUGAAUUCGAGAAGGAUCUCAAGAAAGCAAGGACUUUAGAUGAUUUGUAUGAAUGUCACGUGGUUUAUAUCAAAAAGGUUUUAUUUAGAUGUCUCUUGAACAAUAGAUCUACACCCGUCAUGAAGUUACUGAAUGAUAUAUUCACUGUUAUAUUGAAAUUCAGUAGAGUACUGAAGGCUGGAGAAUGGCAACAAAAAGAGCCUGAUGGUAAUUUCACACAUACCAAUUAUAACCAAUUGGAAGAAUUGUUCCAUUUAUUUGAAAAACUCGCAAAAUAUUUACACAAAGUUGUAACAAAACUAAUGGAAUGUGGCUAUCAAAGACAUUUGGUUGAACUUCUUACUAUGAUUAAUUUAAAUGGUUAUUAUGAUCCUGACAAAUCUAAAGAAGAUACUAAUGUUAGUGUAUAG